AUGCGGAUCAGUUGGAGUUUUUUCUGUUGUGUCCUUCUCCAGGCCAUUCUCGCCGUGAGCACUCAAGGUUUAAAGACGCUUGUUCUUUACGACCAAUCCGCCGAACCGUUAGAGGAUUAUUCGUUUUAUUUAAAAGAUUUGGAAGAAAGGGAUUACAAACUGGAAUAUCUAGACGUUAACAGUACUUCCACUGCUGUAGAUUUGUAUGAUAAAGAACUAAGAUUAUAUGAUAAUAUCAUCAUAUUGCCUACCAAAGGAGGCAAGAAUUUAGCCAGACAAGUUCCUGUUAAUCAAUUAAUCAAGUUUUUUGAAAACGAAGGUAAUAUAUUGUGUAUGAGCUCCCCUGAUGCCGUUCCGAACACUAUUCGUUUAUUUUUGAAUCAAUUGGGUAUAUAUCCAAGUCCAAAGGGACACGUUGUUCGCGACUAUUUCUCAUCUUCUACUGACGAGUUGGCUAUUUCUUCUGAUUACCUCUUAAAUAAGCACGUUUACAACACUGAAAAUGACGAGCAAUUUGUUUUUGGAGAGAGCUCUGCUGCCUUAUUGGAAAACCGUGAACAAAUUGUGCCAAUUUUAAACGCACCACGGACAUCAUUUACUGAGUCCAAAGGCAAAAUCAACUCUUGGACAAGCGGAUCGCAAGGCUUCCUUGUUGUUGGUUUCCAAAACUUAAACAACGCUCGUUUGGUGUGGAUCGGAAGUAGUGAUUUCUUAAAGAACAAAAAUCAAAAUUCUAAUCAGGAAUUCGCAAAAGAGUUACUAAAGUGGACAUUUAAUGAAAAAUCAGUAAUUAAAAGUGUACAGGCUGUUCACUCACAUGCAGAUGGUACCAGUUAUGAUGAAGUUCCUUACAAAGUUAAGGACGAUGUUGUUUAUUCCAUUGGAUUCUCGGAAUGGAAUGGUCAAAAAUGGGUACCACAUGUUGCAGAUGAUAUUCAAUUUGAAUUAAGACAAGUGGACCCAUACUACCGCAUCACAAUGACGCCAAGUGAGAACGACUCCGAAACGCAGUACUAUAGCACCGGUAAAUUUAUGCUUCCGGAUCGUCACGGUGUGUUUACAUUCAUUACCGACUACCGUAAGAUAGGCCUUUCGUUUAUUACUGAUAGAGAUGUUAAACCUAUCCGUCAUCUUGCUAAUGAUGAAUACCCAAGAAGUUGGGAAAUCAGUAACUCUUGGGUUUAUAUUAGCACCAUUUGUGGUGUUAUUGCCGCCUGGAUCUUUUUUGUUGUGUCUUUUGCUACAACUUCCUCUGUUAGCAAGAAACUUGAAACAUUCAAAAAAACUAACUAA